AUGCGUCGAAGUGAUCAUGACAAAAAAGUCUUGACGCGAGUGAUCAUCCACUUGGACCUUGAUUGCUUUUACGCACAGGUGGAACAGAGACGCCUUCAUAUUCCGGAUGGUCAGCCCGUUGCCGUGCAGCAGUGGGGAAGUCUGCUAGCUGUUAAUUAUGACGCGCGGAAGUUUGGUGUGGAGCGAGGAGAUUUCGUGGAUGAUGCGAAAAAGAAAUGUCCGCAGAUUCACUUGCCACAUGUGGACACACUGGGAGAGAAUCGCAAACCGGGACAAGUUUUUGAUCGAACGCAUCAAAAAGCUAUUUUACGGAGGUACCGCGUUGCGAGUCGCGAGAUUUUUGGCAUUCUGAGCUCCAUGGUGCCUGUGAUUGAAAAGGCGGGUAUUGAUGAGGCCUUCAUGGAUGUCACAGAUAUGGCGAAAGAGAGACUUGAAAAAAAUGACUAUUUUGUCAUCAGAUUUCUGCCAGGAUCCGGCCAACAGCGACACGAAAGUGUUUUGCAAGUAAUAUCUCGGGAAAUUCGUCAAGCAGUCUACAGCAAGCUAGGCUACACGUGCUCAUCAGGGAUUGCAGGCAACAAGCUUCUGGCCAAGUUGGCGUCUCCACUCAAUAAACCUAACGGACAGGUCGUGGUAGCGUCUCGUUUUGUUGCCACUCUUAUGAAAAAUUUACCGAUGCGGAAAGUCCGCGGGCUUGGUGGCAAGCUUGGUAAGCAGCUUGAGAGUAUUUAUAAAAGCCUAGAUCCGGGGGGAGUUGGAACAUUGGAUGAAGGAGUACAGACACUUGAGGAAGUAUCAAAGAAGCUAACAGCGCACGCCUUUCUCCAACGUUGCGGGCUAGAUGAGCUGAGCAAACACGUAGGUCAAGAAACUGCGACGUAUGUCCACCAAAUAUGUCAGGGCAAUGAUGGUGAUGAACCAGUGGAAGCUAAAAAGGUCCAAGUAAAGAUGCUUAGCUGCGUAAAACAGUUUGAUCAGCGUUCCGGGUCAGCGCUAUCGCGGGUGGAGCAGUUGGAAUACUGGGUGCGUCUGCUGUGUGAAGAAAUGGUCAUGCGUUGCGAGGACGAGCGCAUUGAGAACAAGCGCUUUCCAUCGCAGCUAACGAUUCAGACCACUGUCGCAAAAACCUGA